AUGGCGGAAGAAGUUUACGACGGUGCCAUUGGCAUCGAUCUUGGUAAAGCCCCUGUGCCCCUCCCGCGCUGGCUACGCACCACUUACUCUUGCGUUGCCGUCUAUGAGGGCACCAAUGUCGAGAUCAUCGCCAACGAGCAGGGUAACUUCACUACGCCGUCGUUCGUCUCGUUCACCGAGAAUGAACGGUUGAUUGGCGAGGCUGCCAAGAACCAGGCCGCCAUGAACCCGGCCAACACCAUCUUCGAUGUUAAGCGCCUUAUCGGCCGCCGCUUCGACGACCCUACGGUCAAGAAGGAUAUGGAGUCGUGGCCCUUCAAAGUCGUUGAUGACAAUGGCAACCCCAAGGUCGAGGUUCAGUAUCUGGGUCAGACCCACACCUUCUCUCCCCAGGAGAUCUCUGCCAUGGUUCUCACCAAGAUGAAGGAGAUUGCUGAGACCAAGCUCGGCAAGAAGGUCGAGAAGGCCGUUAUCACCGUCCCAGCCUACUUCAACGACAAUCAGCGCCAGGCUACCAAAGAUGCUGGUGCCAUCGCUGGCCUGAAUGUCCUCCGUAUCAUCAACGAGCCGACAGCUGCCGCCAUUGCCUACGGUCUUGGCUCUGGCAAGUCGGACAAGGAGCGCAACGUUCUCAUCUAUGAUCUUGGUGGUGGUACUUUCGAUGUUUCGCUCCUCAACAUCCAGGGCGGUGUCUUCACCGUUAAAGCUACUGCUGGUGAUACUCACCUUGGUGGUCAGGACUUUGAUACCAACCUGCUUGAGUACUGCAAGAAGGAGUUUACCCGGAAGACCAAGAAGGAUCUUUCCGGCGACGCUCGCGCUCUCCGGAGGCUGCGCACUGCUUGCGAGCGUGCCAAGCGCACUUUGUCCAGCGGCGCUCAGACUACCAUCGAGAUUGAUUCUCUCUUCGAUGGUGAGGACUUCAACAUUCAGAUUACUCGUGCCCGUUUCGAAGAUCUGAACGCCAAGGCUUUCGCUGGUACCCUUGAGCCUGUUGCUCAGGUCCUCAAGGACGCUGGUAUUGAGAAGCACCAGGUUGACGAGAUCGUCCUUGUUGGUGGCUCGACUCGUAUCCCCCGCAUCCAGAAGCUCCUCAGCGAGUUUUUUGACGGCAAGAAGCUCGAGAAAAGCAUUAACCCAGAUGAAGCCGUUGCCUACGGUGCCGCCGUCCAGGCUGGUAUCCUUUCCGGCAAGGCCACUUCUGCUGAUACCUCGGACCUCCUCCUCUUGGACGUCGUCCCUCUUUCCCUUGGUGUCGCUAUGGAGGGCAACAUCUUCGCCCCUGUUGUUCCUCGUGGCCAAACCGUUCCUACAAUCAAGAAGCGGACCUUCACCACCGUUGCUGACAACCAGCAGACCGUUCAGUUCCCUGUUUACCAGGGUGAGCGUGUCAACUGUGAGGACAACACACUCCUGGGUGAAUUCACUCUUGCUCCCAUUCCUCCCAUGAAGGCUGGCGAGCCCGUCCUCGAGGUUGUCUUCGAGGUCGAUGUCAACGGCAUUCUCAAGGUCACUGCCACCGAGAAGACCUCCGGCCGCAGUGCUAACAUCACUAUUGCCAACUCGGUUGGUAAGCUCUCGACGGACGAGAUCGAGAAGAUGAUCAGCGAUGCCGAAAAGUUCAAGAGCAAGGACGAGGCCUUCAGCAAGCGCUUCGAGGCCAAGCAGCAGCUCGAGUCGUACAUCUCCCGUGUUGAGGAGAUCAUUUCGGACCCGACUCUGUCGCUGAAGCUCAAGCGCGGUCAGAAGGACAAGAUUGAGCAGGCUCUCAGCGAGGCCAUGGCUCAGCUUGAGAUCGAGGAUUCGACCGCCGACGAGCUCAAGAAGAAGGAGCUGGCUCUCAAGCGUCUGGUCACCAAGGCUAUGGCCUCUCGUUAA